GAUUGGAAGCAGUAGAGCUAGGGUGGGGCCGAACCAGUUUCUGCCACCAGGUUCCGUAGUAGUAGCCGCAGCCCCGCAGCGGUUUCCUUCCGUCCCGGACACCGUCCAGGUGUCCGUUCGCGCGUGUGUGCGUUUUUGUGGUGGUGUGUGCUGUGAGCCUUUGCCCCCAAAAAUGGUGGCCCAAGUGACCAAACUGUUCGCGCUGCUGUGCUUAGUGGUGGCGAUCGCCGCCGACUCGGUUCGGGUGAAGCGCCAGGAUGACGACAGCGAUCCGGACUCGGUGAACGUGGAGGAGCUGUGCAAGGACCGACCGGGCGACGAGUACUUCCGCCUGUCGACCGACGGUGACUGCCGCGAAGUAGUGAGGUGCGACGAUGCGGGAGAGAAUGGCAUCACGCGGCUCGCUUCCGUUCGCUGCCCGACCGGCCUGUACUUCGAUGUGCUCCGGCAGACAUGCGAUUGGAAAGCGAACGUGAAGUCCUGCGAUUUGCUAGGAAAACCGCGAAAGGUUCUGCCGAUCCUGAAGACGGACGAACCGAUCUGCCCGGAGGGUAAGCUGUCCUGCGGGAACGGCGAGUGCCUGGACAAGGAGCUGUUCUGUAACGGGAAGCCCGACUGCAAGGACGAGUCGGAUGAAAAUGCCUGCACCGUUGAGCUGGAUCCGAACCGUGCGCCGGACUGCGACACGACCCAGUGCGUCCUGCCGGACUGUUUCUGCUCGGCCGACGGAACCCGCAUCCCGGGCAACAUCGAACCGCAGCAGGUGCCGCAGAUGAUUACGAUCACGUUCAACGGGGCGGUCAACGUGGACAACAUUGACCUGUACGAGGACAUCUUCAACGGGCAGCGGCAGAACCCGAACGGCUGCCAGAUCCGCGGAACGUACUUUGUGUCGCACAAGUACACCAACUACUCGGCGGUGCAGGACCUGCACCGGAAGGGCCACGAGAUCUCCGUGUUCUCGCUGACGCACAAGGACGACCCGAACUACUGGACGCAGGGCACGUACGAUGACUGGCUGGCGGAGAUGGCCGGCGGCCGGCUGAUCGUGGAGCGGUUCGCCAACAUCACCGACGGGUCGAUCAUCGGCGUCCGGGCGCCGUACCUGCGCGUCGGCGGCAACAAGCAGUUCGAGAUGAUGGCCGACCAGUUCUUCGUGUACGAUGCGUCGAUCACGGCGUCGCUGGGCCGCGUCCCGAUCUGGCCGUACACGCUCUACUUCCGGAUGCCGCACAAGUGCAACGGCAACGCGCACAACUGCCCGUCCCGCAGCCACCCGGUCUGGGAGAUGGUGAUGAACGAGCUCGAUCGGCGCGACGAUCCGACCUUCGACGAGUCGCUGCCCGGUUGCCACAUGGUCGACUCGUGCUCCAACAUCCAGUCCGGCGAGCAGUUCGGGCGUCUGUUGCGCCACAACUUCAACCGCCACUACAACACGAACCGCGCCCCGCUCGGGCUCCACUUCCACGCGUCGUGGCUCAAGUCGAAGAAGGAGUACCGCGAGGAGCUGAUCAAGUUCAUCGAGGAGAUGCUGGGCCGGAACGACGUGUUCUUCGUCACGAUGCUGCAGGUCAUCCAGUGGAUGCAGAAUCCGACCGAGCUGAACGCGCUGCGUGACUUCCAGGAGUGGAAGGAAAAGUGCGACGUCAAGGGCCAACCGUACUGCUCGCUGCCGAACGCGUGCCCGCUGACGACGCGCGAGCUGCCCGGCGAAACCCUGCGCCUCUUCACGUGCAUGGAGUGCCCCAACAACUACCCGUGGAUCCUGGACCCCACCGGCGACGGUUUCUCGAAGAAGUGAGGGGGGAGCUCGCUACCCGUUUCUCCUAGCAAAAGCCCGCCUUUCCCUCGGUUCCUAACGACCCUGGUUCCCGGGGGACCGGCCGGGAAUCAGUCUGUUGUAAAUAAUGAUCCCCCCCCCGCCCAUCCGCAUCCGCAAUUUUGGCACGCCCUGCGGUCUGCCCCUUCUCAUACGGCGGGGCUCAAUACGGGGCUCGUUUCGAAUUCAUCCUCCUCGAGAUUCGCGGAACACGCCGGGUGGCGGUGGCGGCGGCGGCGGCGUCGGGUCCCCGGCAGCAGAGUUUACACAUCCAUCAGUUCGUGAUAUUUGUUUUGUUUUAAUGCCCCGCCACACCACCCCCCGCAAAACCGGUUCCGGCGACCGUGCGAAAGUAGACGUAAUUCGCCAAGUUUUCUAUCCAGUAACAUCGUGUCAUUUGACGCGCGACUCUUGGUUUCAUGCGCGCUCAAAAAUGCGCGCCUCCGCGUGUGCGGUAGAAACAAUAGUAAAACUUAUGUUUACGGUACUGUUUUAUAAUAAAAAUAAAGAAAUAAAAAAAAAUAUUGAA